AAGGAAGAAAGAAAGAAAGAGCUCACGUGUGAUGUGUUUGUGUAUCCUCAGUGUUUUUCUCUCUUGAGUGUUUUAUUGAGUGUAAACAAAGUCUUGUCUCUGUGUAUUUUAGUGUUGAUGAUGGAUGUGAUGUGCUGUAAAUCAGUAGGAACUGAUCUGUCCAUGCUGGAUAUUGAUGAUUUCAUCACAGAAAUCUCUCAGCUGAAGAAAGAGGUGGCGUUACUGGAGACAAAGCUGAGGUUAAGAGGAGAUGAAGGACUGAAGAGAGAGGACUCCGAGCUCAGUCUGACUUUACUCUGUUAUACUGAGUCAAAGCCCACAGACGCUCAGGACACUACAGUGUGUGACAGUAAUCAGGGCUUACAGGAUGAGGAAUCUACUGAUCAAACCUCCACAGAGUCUCUGGAUUCUGUCUGGAACGCUGGAGAACAGCAGCAGAUCCUGCAGACCAAACACAAGAUGUGUUCAGUCAAACUGGAGGACUGCAAGAACCUCAUGAUGGACAUCAAAACUGAACCUACAAACAUAAAAACAGAACCCACAGAAGAGAAAGAACACGAUGAUGAGGGUUGUGGUGAUGAUUUUGUUCCUUCAGAUGAGAAGAGUGAUUCAAGUUAUGAUGGAGAAAUAACGUCCUCAACAUCAAAAGAGCGACAGACAGCACAAACUCAUUCCUGCAUCACCGGUGGAGAGACAUUAAACUCACAGAAACAUUUAAGGAGACAUGAGAGAAAACACACAGAUCAGAAACUGUGCACCAGAUCUAAGAUCAGCGUUACUACCUUACAAGAGAAGAAACUUAAUUCACAAGAGCACAGAGAGAAGAAGAAUCAGUUUCACUGUCAGCAGUGUGAGAGGGGUUUUGUCCUCUUAUCUCAGCUGAAACGCCACAUGAGGACACACAGUGAUGAAAAGCCUUUCUACUGCACUGAAUGUGGCAAAUAUUUCAGAACCAAACAAAAUCUUGAUGUUCAUAAAAUAAUUCACACAGGAGAAAAACCCCAUCAAUGUUCACACUGUGAUAAACGUUUCUGUAAGAAAUCUUAUCUGAUAAUCCAUGAGAGAGUUCACACUGAAGAUAAAUCCUACAUCUGUAGUGUUUGUAGGAAGAGUUUUGGGCAACAUUACAAUUUAUUGUCACACCAGAGAAUUCAUACAGGUGAAAAACCUUACAAAUGCUCUCAGUGUGAGAAGACGUUUGCUCGAUCAGGUAACUUAAAAGUCCAUUAUAGACUUCACACUGGAGAGAAACCUUACCACUGUAAUGUCUGUGGAAAGAGUUUUAGGCAACUUGCUAACGUUGUAAUCCAUGAGAGAAUUCACACUGGAGAGAAACCUCAUCACUGUAGUUUUUGUGAGAAGAGUUUUAAUCAACGUAGCAGUUUAUUGAAUCACCAGAGAAUUCAUACAGGUGAAAAACCUUACAAAUGCUCUCAGUGUGGGAAGACGUUUGGUCAUUCAUCUAACUUUAAAGCCCAUGAGAGAAUUCAUACUAGAAAGAAACCUUAACAAUCUGUGGAGAGAGAUUUGCUUUAUUAGGAUGUUUUCAGACUCGUUAGAAGAAACAUACUGAAGAGUGGUGUUAGACCGACACUGAAUGGCUGAACCCAGAGGGCUGGGGAAUUUCUGAGAUUGACAUUUCAUUGGAGGGCUGCAGAGCUGUUUUAACGUUCAAAAGCACAAUAUAUCUGUAAAUGUACUGUUUCAAUUCUAUCAUUUAACGUAUAAUACUACCUUAAAAUAUAAGCAGUGGUUUCUAUAUUUUUAAUUUACAUUAUUUUAUAAAAAUAAGAAUCUUUUUAUGAACUUAUUAAAUUGUUUUUUAUCCCCAGUAAGUGUUUCUGUUUUUAUUUUUUUCAGUCACAGUAUCGGCUUCAUUAUGUUCCAUCCCUGUUAUUUAACGGUUUUAUAUAUUUUCUAUUAUAGUAAUAUGUGGAAAAAUAUUAAUAAUAAGUGAAAGUGAUCCUAAAACUUUUAAAUGUGUAGUAAAUGUUGCAUAAGCUAGUUGGACAGAACAAAUUAAUAUUACUGCUCUGUAUAAUUGCAUAGCAAGCUACAUAAUGAUAUAUUAUUUAUUAUAUACAUAUUUUACUACUAUUGAGAUAAGUGACAUAGCAGCAUACACACUUUCAUCCUUUGUAUGUUUUUCCUUAUCUUUCCUCUUUUCCUAACCUGGGCACUGUUGUGGUUUUCUUUUUGUGUUCUUUAAGAAAAAAAGCUGUUAGUUUAAUUUUUUUCAAAAUAUAGACUUAUUAUCCAGACAAAUAAAAGUCGAGUCUGUCCUGGUGAACCAUCUCCGAACCAAUUGAGGUCCUGAGAAGAUCCUGCGAGAUCAGCUUGCCUCUCUCUGUACUAUGGCUUUUAUAUAUAGGGUUGGCUACCCACAAGUUCCAUGUAAGCUCAAUAUAAUAAGUUUAUGUACAGGCGUGUAGCAUAAAGAAACACAUGACAUCACUUUUGUAAGGGUCACCCUAGAUUAUACUUGAUUUCUUUAUAUUUUGAUUAAUAAAACCUUCUUCACCUGUUGGCGCUGUUUCUUAUCGUAGUUCAAUGUGUGUUGCAUUAAAUCUUCCGCUCUCCCUUUCUUCCA